AUGACGAACCGUAAUGUGAAUAACACGCUUGUGGAGUUGGCAAUGUCGAUUUCUAACUCAAGUGCUCUACCAAGAGCUGCUGUGCCUGGAAUAAUGGCUUUGCUUGGUGGGGUUUUAGGCCUACCCCAGAAAAAGCUCUUAUUGAAAACUUUGGAGGAUGGAAGUGGAAAAGGAGGCCACAAAGUUAACACAUUGAUUGAUUCAAUGAGAGCUUCUUCUCCGACUCGAGUCAAAUCCACACAAAACCAAGACCCGAGUCCUUGGACUCUUUACCACCCUUCGGCACUUAACAUGUUUGAUCAGAUUGUAUGUGAGUCCAAAGGGAAGCAGAUUGUCACUUUUCUUGACUAUGAUGGAACUCUCUCCCCAAUUGUUGCAGACCCAGAUAAAGCAUACAUGAGUCAAAAGAUGAGGGCCACACUGAAGGACAUAGCAAGGCAUUUCCCCACUGCCAUCGUGAGUGGAAGGUGCAUAGACAAGGUGUAUAACUUUGUGAGAUUGGCAGAACUGUACUAUGCUGGGAGCCAUGGGAUGGACAUUAAGGGGCCAACAAAUAGGCGAAGUACUAAGAAAGGAAACGAACAAGUACUCUUCCAACCCGCGAGUGAAUUCUUACCCAUGAUCAAUGAGGUGUACAACAUCUUGGUAGAAAAAACAAAGCCUGUCCCGGGGGCUAAGGUAGAAAAUAACAAGUUUUGCUUGUCCGUGCACUUUCGCUGUGUUGACGAAAAGAGUUGGGCAUCAUUGGCUGAACAAGUUAGCUUGGUCAUCAGCGACUAUCCCAAACUUAAGCUAACUGAAGGGAGAAAAGUGCUCGAGAUUCGACCAACCGUAAAAUGGGACAAGGGCAAGGCCCUUGAAUUCUUGCUAGAAUCACUAGGAUAUGCUAACUCUGAUAAUGUAUUUCCAAUCUAUAUUGGUGAUGAUCGAACUGACGAAGAUGCUUUUAAGGUUUUGCGGAAGAGGGGCCAAGGGAUUGGGAUUCUUGUUUCUAAAAUUCCAAAAGAAACGGAUGCUUCCUACACUUUGCAAGAUCCAACUGAGGUAACAAAAUCAUGUUUUGUUCACAGGUUGGGCAGUUUUUGCGGCAUUUGGUGGAGUGGAAAAGAACGAGUACCCAAUACCACAAGUUGUAGAUUCUUGAUGAGUUCAGGGAAAUUGACACCAACCCAGAAUUUGGUCAAGGGGUGGUUCCAAUUAUAUCCCUUUCUUGUUGGAAAUAGGAAAUAG